AUGGCUGACACACUUGAAGAAAGCUUCUCGCUGGAAGACUUAGAAAUAAGUCAAAUAGAGGAGCUUGCGAGAUUACCAAACGUUGACAAUAUUACAACAUGCCAAUGCCGUGGCCGUUAUUGUUGCCUGCGUGAAAAUGGAAGAAACUUCUGUCCAUGUAAAAGCAUGGAUAAGUAUUGUUCGAACGCGUGUCAUGGCGGCGAUUUAUUGUCUUGCAUGAACAACCCAAGACUCCAGGAAAGCGACAGCGAAGAGUCAGAUGAUACAACGGUAAGAUUUGACUUUAAUCUCAUUUGAUUUGGUGUAACAAUCCUUUGCAAGUAUAUAUUUUUGUAACCUUGAAACAAAUUUGUGGUGCGUAUAUGCAAAUUGGCUCAUUGCCGAAUCGUUUCCGACAUGUGACGAUAUUUUUAUCACAAUUUUAAAUUAAUGCAAGUCUUUGGUACAAAUCUGACCACAUUAAAUAGUCAGAAAAUAUCUGUUCUACUCACACAAGUAACCAACAAAAAGAUAUUUUAUACUAUAGAUACUUCAUACUUGUGUCAAAAAUUUUAUGUAAUAAAUGGGCUAACUUGCAAUCGGACGCCAUUUUCUGGUCGAAUUCGGUAGCUAUUUAAAAACCAACAUAUUUGAGAGUUUUACUUUACUUUUUCAAAUUUGAAUAUCAAUGUAUUUUAGUACUAUGCUUGUAGCCUACAGUAUAAAAUCAAAAAUUUAUAAGCGGUUUUACAUUUAAAUAAAAUCAGAUUACAGAGUGUCAUUAUCUUUUAGGACUCCGACUUCUCUCUUCAAGGAGAUGAAAUCCCUACAAAGAAAGGACGUGGCAGAGGACGUGGCAGAGGACGUGGCAGAGGACGUGGCAGAGGACGUGGCAGAGGACGUGGCAGAGGACGUGGCAGAGGACGUGGUAGAGGACGUGGUAGAGGACGUGGCAGAGGACAGGGCAGAGGACGUGGACGAGGCAGGGGUCAAGCUGCAGGAAGUUCCAGUGGAGGGACAAGACGCCAACUUCAGCCUGAAGAGGAUUCUGAGCAGAAUCAAGCCAACCAUGAGGAACAAAUAGUGGUAAGAUCAUUUAAUAUUGGUAUAUUGUGCUUGUCAAUAUUUGGCCAGAUAAAGGAUGGUUGAACAAUGGCUGAAAACUGGUCAUACAAUCUUUCAAAGUUAAAUAAUAAUUCCAUUUUGAAUUGAAUUUACUAAACUAAUAUUUGGUUACUGGUACAUGGGAAUUGAAGCAAUAGGCUUGAAUAUAUUGUAAGUAAACGUCCCUGGCUAAGAAAGCCUUGUGCAAAGAGUCAAAUUCACCCUCAGUACCACAAAAUUGUUCACCAACUAACACCAAACAGUGUACCAAAACAUUCCAUAAAUCCAAUGUUUAUAUACACAUGCAUCUAAUCAUUCAAAGAGGCCCUUUCUACUUCAUACAAAAUUUUUUAACCAUAAAAUCUAUACUUGAGACCAUUUCAACAUGAAACAGACCAUGUCAUGCAGGUUAAAUGUUAUAAAGUGGCCUGCCAUUUAAAUUUGACAUUGUUUUAUUUUUCCUCCCCCAAGUUCCAAUGUUGUCCCCUAAGUCACAAGUAAAUAAUGGGUGCAUAAUUAUAGAAAAAUUAUCCUUUAUUGCAGAAUCUUGUAGAUGGCUUGAAUGUCGACCAACUUAGAAGGUUGGCCUUAGAGCUUCUAAGGAGGCAGCCAGCAGCUUAUGCUGAUCUGGUCAAUGGGGAAAUUCCUGCAGGAGAUGGGAGUUGA